CUGAGUAAAUUAUAACCCCGACCUCGCCACGGAAAAUGCUCGAAAACUCUAGUCGUGAUGCGCGUACACGGACGCGCGGCCUUGUCUUAUUCAGCCAUCCGUCCGUUCUCUAUAAAAGCCAUGUCCGCCCUCUCGUUGUUUCCAGCAUUCCCCCAUCUUAUCGACAACCAUGUUCGCCUACAGUACUCCCAAAUUCUACCUUACUCAGUCCGAGUCGCUCAGUCCCAGAGACAAGUAUUUCGCUGCCCUUGUCAAGGCCAAAGAAGCUGAAGAGGAAUACUUGUCUGCUGAAGCUGUUGUUGAAUACGAGGAGUUCGCCCUUCGCCGUCGUCUCAAGGAAUUAGAGCUUCAGAAACGUCGGUUCCACGGCAUCGAGUGUUAUCCUUCGUAUAGAUCUUCUGAUCGUUUUUCCCGACUACGCCUUCAGCUUGAGGAAGAGGAGCAUUUUAAGGCGCUGGAGGACCAGGUCUUGGCCCGGGCUGCCCUUGCCCUGAAGAGAGAGCAAGAGAACAAGGUCCGCCUUGAGGCUCAGGAGGAGGCUGUGGCUCGUGCCAUGCUUGUUCUGAAGCGCGAGCGCGAACAACGCAAGUUUAUUGCCUUGGAGGAGAAAAGAAAAGCUCUGGAAUCACAGAGAGCUCGCCACGGUGCUCAGCAAGCUAGGAAUGUCGCGUUCAUCCGGCAGUCGCGUCCUAAUUACUCAUUGUUCGACCCUGAUACCGUUUUCCUCGAGGAGCCCAAGAAGUCUCUAUCGUUUGGAGACUACACCAACGUUGCGGCUGCCCUUGCCGCAAAGGAAGAAUCCUCUAGGCAUUGUUCUCGUGUCGGGAAGGUUCAAGUCAACCGCGAUGAUGCCAGAAAACCUCCUUCUAGCGUUGCAGGUGGGUCCUCCCGCGCCAACAAUAUCGACAAAGCGUCUGCACCCAAUGCCAUUGUUGAGUUGUUAAAGGCCAUUCUCGGUGACGCGGUCGAAGUGAAGACAUCCCCCGUGGAGUCUUCUUCGUCAGCUCCAUCUACCUCCAACUCUAUCGAGAUUGUUCCCCAAUCCAAGACAUCUGAUGUCAGGUCGCAGCAGUCUUCGUAUACCAGCGUUGAAGAAUGCUUGAAUGCAGCGCUCGACCAUGUUGCGCAGAAAGUAGAAGCAACAGCAUCUCGUGCAGCUCCUACGAUAUGCGUGUCUCAACCUGCGGAGAAGAAAAUCUCCACAAUAGAAUCUUCUUUGAAGGCCGAGCUCGAAGCGCGCUUGAACAACGACCAGUCCAACGAAAUCAAGGACACCAUCCGCGCCAUCUUCGCAUCACUCAAGGAUGAACAUUGGAACGCUUCUUCGUUAUCGAAUAUUAAAGGCAAGGAGAAGACUCAUCCCAUCAGCACCGAGGACGCCACCUCCAAAGACGUUGUAUCAUCCAUGGAAGCUGUCAGGAAUGUUGAAGCGGCCUUCCGCACCCUCGAGUCGGAGUUCGUCUUCCCUGCCCAGCUAGACUUCACCCCCGCUCUAUCUCCAGCCUCGUCGGACUCUGAGUUGUCUCCUACAGGGAGAUUGGCCUACACCUCACGUAACGCGCCCGUGCGGUAUUAUGAACAGUCACUGAGCGGGCUGCUGGCUCAGUUGGAUUCGGUGGAAAGCUUCGGGGACGAAGCAUUGAGAAGUGUUAGGAAGGAGGUCGUUGGAAGGGUGGAGAGUGCGCUGGAAGAGCUGGAAAGAGAGGUUGAUGGUCGAUGGCGCAGUAAAACUGCUAAGGAGGGCAAGGUAGCAGAAGAGCAAAGCGUCGUUAAUGCUCAAGCUGCUGAACAGAAGGUGAUUCCUGAAUUUGCCUCACAGGUCACGGCACCGAAGGACAAUGGACCUGUUUUGGUUGAUACUCCAACUCCUGCUGAAGUCGUUGCCGUUCACGAGGAUGACACCGUGGCUACCGACGUGAUUCUUUCGGAAACGGCCGUCGUUCCAUCUCAGCCUGAACCAACUGAAUUGCUUGUCUCUGGCGUUGUUUCCGUGUCAACUGAUAAGGGUAGCCUCAUCAAAGAUGAGGAACUGGAGCAAGCAUCCGUCUACCCGCCCCCAUCCGUCUAUCCUCCUUCCUCGACUUCUAUUGACACAAUUCGACCGUAUGACGUCGAGUCCCAGUCUUCUGAGGAUCCUCGAGAGACCUUCCUCUUCUCAGAGGAGAACUCCGCGGACAAGGAGACUAGCAUGAAGAAGAAGGUAGAUGACGAUACGGGAAGUGAUUGGUCGGAGGUCGAAGCAUAAACCCCUGCAUUGAUGAAACUGGACUCAUAGUACAUAUGUAUUUUCUUAUUUUCUACUCCGGAUCUGUAUUUGCUAUAGUACAUUUAAAUAAUUUUAUUAACAUUAAGGUUCCCUGAC